CCCACCCCUAACCAGCACAAACAGCAGUGAGAUUUACAUUUGAAACGGCAUUUAGUUCAUCUUCAUCCUGCCAAUGCAGAAAUCCUGCUCUACUUAAGAAGCAUAACUUACAGGCGCUGGUCUUGUUUUUAUUUUUCUUCAUUCAGACGAGGAGCUGAGAAGCAACGAAUCGCGUAUCAAUCCAUAUCCAGAUCGCUGGUUGUAUUCGCAGGAUUAUGAUGUUUGCUUGAAUGUUACAUGUCAUGGGAGGUUUAAGCUUGGGAUGUUUUCCGAACCACCCUACGAGGCCAUUGAGAAACUGAAGAUCCAUUUCGUUGUUUUGAUCAAGAUUUCUUUGAACAUAUCGAGUACAUAGCAUCUCAUAUAUAGCCUACGAUAUAUUUUCCGAUAAAUGUUAGAUCAAAUACGAAAGGCUGAUAUUUGGAGAUCAGCUUCAACCCGCAGUGAUGCUUCAGUGUCUGGGCUGACUUUUAAUAUGCGCACUCAGACGGAAAUGGAAACCUGGACAUCUUAAACCACAGUGGAUUACCUGCAAUACAUUCAUAAACAUUCGUGUCCAGCUCAAGUUGACAACCAGAUGUAACAGUGUAACUCGUCUUUUACGGGCUUCCCUGAUUUUAGGGGUUAGUUGCAUUCAUUAAAACAUCAGAAGAGCCUGCAGAGGGUCCAUCAUGCCCACCUCUCAGUCCGGCGCGUGCUCGGUGGAAUACUGGGUCGAUGGCUCGCGCCGAGAUGCGACAGUGGAGGAUUUCUACAACAUGGGCCCAGAAUUAGGCAGGGGUGCCACGUCUGUUGUAUUUCGCUGCGAAGAGAAGCAAGCAGAGAAACCUUACGCUGUCAAAGUCCUGAAGAAAACGAUCGACAAAAAAAUUGUGAGGACGGAGAUCGGAGUCUUGCUUCGUCUUUCUCAUCCAAAUAUCAUUCGGUUGAAGGAAAUCUUCGAGACUGAGAUAGAGAUCUUCCUCAUUCUAGAGCUGGUCACAGGUGGAGAACUAUUUGACAGGAUUGUGGAGAGAGGUUACUACAGCGAGAGAGAUGCUGCUCAUGUCAUCAAACAGAUCCUGGAAGCUGUGGCGUACUUGCAUGAGAAUGGAGUUGUUCACAGAGACCUCAAACCAGAAAAUCUCCUCUACGCUGACCUUUCAAUAGACGCGCCUCUUAAAAUAGCUGACUUUGGCCUGUCCAAGAUAAUCGAUGAGCAAGUGACCAUGAAGACAGUGUGUGGGACCCCCGGCUACUGCGCCCCUGAGAUCCUCAGAGGAAACGCUUACGGUCCAGAGGUCGACAUGUGGUCGGUGGGAGUCAUCCUUUACAUUCUGCUUUGCGGGUUCGAACCAUUUUUCGAUCCGAGGGGUGACCAGUACAUGUACAGUCGCAUACUGAACUGCGACUAUGAGUUUGUCUCCCCCUGGUGGGAUGAAGUCUCCCUCAAUGCCAAGGAUUUGGUUAGUAAGCUCAUAGUGCUGGACCCUCAUAAACGUCUUACGGUGAAACAGGCUCUGGAGCACCCAUGGGUGCUUGGAAAGGCAGCACGUUUCUCCCACAUGGACACGACACAGAGGAAACUACAAGAAUUCAAUGCCCGCCGCAAAUUGAAGGCUGCUAUGAAAGCUGUGGUGGCCACAAGCCGUAUGCACGAGAGCUCACGGCGGCGGACCGACAGUUGUGAGAUGCCCAACUCGGACAAGACCUCUCGGCAAGGCAGCAUACAAAAGGAAAACACAUUGGAUUCUCUAAAGGAGCCCAUUCCUAUCAAAGAAGGCUCUGAGCAGGUUGAAGACGGUAACGUGCCGUCCUCUCCAAGUCCUCCCCUCCGCCCUCCACAUAAAUCCAAACCCUCUGGCCUGCCUGGAACCAUGCCCGUCCGUCCGCCUCUGAUAGCGGAGGGGCACCGGCAGACCUCCGUCAUCCUGAAAGCUCCUGUGGUACGACCCAGAGUUCCAAAAAAGAGCUGCUCUGUGGAUCCUGGUGGCAAAUGUGAGCCUUUGAGCACCACUCCACCCAGUCCCAAGAACCUCAGUAAUGGUUUCUCCGUGGGUGUAGAGGCAGGUGGCAGUACAUCUGAAUGUCAGUAAGACUGGAACAUCUAAAGAUGUUUGUCUUUAUGCUUUAUGGAAGAAAGAAAGCCACGGUUUGGGUCUGUGCCGUUGUCAUUUAAGCGGACAAUGGAGAUGAUGCUUUAAAAUGUACGUAGGAUUUAUUCUACUCUUCCAUUUUCGCUUUGGGAUAUUUUGAUAUUGGACCAGCACAUGAUGAGCUGUCUUUCUAAAUGUUCUUUACCUGGAUGCACGUGGCUUUCAAUUCAAGCUUUUUUCCUCUUUGCACAAGCUAUGUGAAUAAGAUUGUCUCUCAUCUGAACUGAAAUUCAUCUUGCUCUUUAUUCUUUUGCUGUCAUAUGCAAAAUGCUCAUACAAUCAUAUUCAGUCUAUAAAGGUAGUGCGGACCAUGUAUCGGUGAUGUUGUGAUAGUAUUUAUUUGUUUUAGAAAGAAUUGCUACAAAACCUAAAAUUUGUAUCGUAUACACUAUUUAUAAAUGAAUAUAUAGAUAUACUGUAGAUCUUAUGUAUCUUUAUUCUGAUUUACCCUUUUUGUAUUUGCACACAAAAGAGUAAAAAAAGCUCAGACCAAUGGAUCCAACAUCAUAAAGCAGGAUUAUUUUAUUUAUUACCCCCAACAAAUCUUUGACAGUUUACAGUCCAUAAAAUCGAAUGGAUGUCAUUCAGGGUUACCACACUGAUGUCAGAUUCAAUUCUUCUUAUCUUCGCAUAACAAAAUUCAUCACCGGGCAACUAAUUUUAUUUAAAAAAUGACACCUUAACUCCCACUGUACUAAAAAAUAUGUUUGAGGUGGACUUUACAAACGUUUGAUUUAGCCACACUGUCUACCUCUUCUACUGUACAUGGGCUUCCAGCGUAUAAAGUAGAACAUAUGUGGAAAAGACAUUUAGGAGACGAGGCACGAAAGAAAUAAUUUUCUAUGUAAAAUGUCAAAGGGCUGUUUUUCGUGAACUUAAUGUAGACUAAAUUUUAAAGGCUGAAUUUCGUCCCCCUCCACGAACGUAUAAUAGCAACAGAUCUUACGAUAUAUAGGCCAAUAGUUGUUUCGGUUAUUCUACUUUGGUUUAAUCUUGUCCGACAAGAAUGCUUUGUACAUACUGCUUACCUAAGUAUAAAUCACUGGAACAUUAUGAUUACUUUUCAGUAAAAUUUUGCAGUCAAUAAAAAUCUAAUUCUGUGUUCAGUUGCAAGCCAAUGUAAAUGCUGUUAUGUUUGAGCAAGAGAUUCCAUUCUUCCAAGAUGAAUAAAUUGUGCUACUAGAUCUUUUGUAUUGAUUAAGUUGAGUUUGUACUGUAUGCUGGAGAGAACAUUUAAAGUGUAAUACACAUAAUGUCCAAUGUGAAGAGGUACAGAAGAUGCAAUACAUAAACAUCUGUCUGUAGUCUAUUACUGAAUAAAGAUUACCAAAUGA